AUGUCCCAGAGACAAAAGGCCAAAGCUGUGAAGUCAGAAAGGGUGUACUUUUUCCUGGCUAGGUCCUCCGCAUUGAAAGCGCGGGAAGGCCGAAGUCCUCCAAAAAAUGGUGGCGUGACCUGUUCCAGAGAGGGCUUGCUCUCAUCACCAGCCUCCCCAGCCUCGUUGCCGGAAGACAGACCUCUGAUAGUUGUGACUAUGUGCCAGAUGAUGGCUGAAUUCUCAGAGGGCUUACAAGUAAAUAUGAAGGUCCAACUACACACGCUGACCUGCGCAAAGAAAUGCACGACAUGGGCCAAAGAACGGCACAAAUGGAGCACAAAAUGGAUGAGUUCACUGAGGAUUACAACAGCCUCGAGGAUAAACUGCAAGAGGUCCACCUACAAACUAAAGAUUGCGGACGUCGAGGACCACUCCCAAUGGAAUAACCUCAGAAUCAAAGGCAUUUCUGAUUCAGUUGCAGCCACUGCCCUUAACAACUAG